ACAGUUUAGCAAUGUAUCUGCGUAGCACAGUAUAGCACAGCUUAGCAAUGUAUCUGCUUAGCACAGUAUAGCAUAUACCUAUCUGCUUAGCACAGUAUAACGUAUACUUAUCUGCUGAGCACAGCAUAGCAAUGUAUCUGCUCAGUAUAGUAUAGCUGCAAUGUAUCUGAUGCUAUGUCAUUCUAAGCUAGGCUAUGCUGUGUGCCCUGCUAUGCCUCCUUGCACGAGGAAGACUUCGAAGUUCGAACUUCAAAUACCCCAAUUCUUUAAUUUUUUUAAAAAAGGACCAAAAAAAAAAAAGAACACUAAUCGAUUGCAUCUGAUGCAAUGCAUCAUGGUUUUCUUUAGACCGCCAGUACAUGCCCCCAGCCAAGUUGAGAAUUGCGAUUGAGCCCCUCCGAAAAAAUAUCCGAGCGUUUGGCACGACCUGACCAAAAUGGCUGGCGGUGCUUGCCAUAACUAAUAACACAAAACCGUCGUGCUGGUGUUCUGGCAAGAGCUUGGCGUGCACCUGCAAUCCUCCUCUACUAGUACAAAACAAGUACUCGGAUGUAUUUCCCGCCGUUCCCAGUGCUUUGAGCCGCCUGGCGGUUCACACCACCAGGCAUUAACUGUGGAUUCCUGCUGCGCGCCUGUAACUUUGAAACCACCCGUUGACACGUAAUGAGCCUAAGUGUAGUUUGUCAAAGCUACCUACCUUUCCAAGGCAGCUCUCAAGCCUGCGACCGCUGCGCCUUUUCAAAGUGGCCUGCCGCUUUCGCCACCAGCAUUGGCCCGACUAGUAAAUGCCCUCUUACCGCGGUUUAAACCACCAGUACCUUUCACGUAUAUUGGCAGCGGGAAAAAAAUAGAGUAGAAGCAUUUGUAGUGGGAUGAAUUUGGUUGCUCCGGUAGUGGCCGUUCAUUCAUCGUUGUCGUGGCUUGUUAACCGCCGCGACUUCCGCAGGUACUGGUGGUUUAACGGGGGCCCGGUACUAAGAACAAGUAACUCCGUGUCGGGUGACCUCCUGCCGGUUUAUUCAACGGAAGAGUUGCGGACGAAUUUGGUCGCUCCGGUAGUGGCCUGUUCAUUCAUCAUUGUCGUGGCUUGUUAACCGCCGUGGCUUCCGGAGGUACUGGCAGUUUAACCGCGGUAAGAACAAGUAACUCCGCGUCGGAUGACCGACUGCCGGUUUAUUCAAUACAAGAGUUGCAUCGGUGCAUGUUGCUGUACUUGGGGGCAUCUGCUCAAACUGCACUGCAACUAUACACAGAACCUAGACAAGAUUAGCAAGGUUUGGUUAAAUAUCUCAAAUGGACCUGACUUGAGCCCUCCUCCAUGCGCACCUGGACGUUUGGUUAAAUACCUCAAAUGGACCUGACUUGAGCCCUCCUCCAUGGGCACCUGGACGGAUUUGAACCGGCGACCUCGGCCUCAAGAGCUGAGUGUCUUAACCACUACAGCCAGCCAGGACACUGUGUUCAAAAGUGGAACCACACUAGUCUUGAUGUCCACCUCCCCUUUGCAAGGCCGUAUUGUCCAAGCUCGACACAACACCACACUCAACUAGCAUGGCCCCUGCGCACGGAUGACAUGCAUAUUAAAUCGAGAAACUGACCCCAUACCAAAAGGCGAGAAUUGCAUUGUUCCAGGGCAUCAACAAUGGUGCUCUCCCACAGAGCUCCGGAACUGACGUCUGGAACUGGGCCCAGAAGUCUGGAACUGAGGCCUGGAACUGAGGUCUGGAACUGGACACAGAGGUCUGGAACAAGCCACAUAGGUCUGGAACUGCCACAGAGGCCUGGAACUCAGGUCAGGAACUGGCCACAGACUCUGAAACUGAGGGCUGGAACUGAGGUCCCCAUACUCAGGUCUGGAACUGGCGACAACUGAGGUCUGGAACUGAGGUCUGGAACUGAGAAACGGUCCCCAUACUGAGGUCUGGAGCAUGGCCCCUGCACACGGAUGACAUGGAUAUAUUAAAUCGAGAAACGGUCCCCAUACUCAGGUCUGGAACUGGCCACAGAGGUCUGGAACUGAGGUCUGGAACUGAGGUCUGGAACUGGCCACAGAGGUCUGGAACUGGCCACAGAGGUCUGGAACUGGCCACAGAAGUCUGGAACUGGCUACAGAGGUCUGGAACUGGCCACAGAGGUCUGGAACUGGCCUCAGAGGUAUGGAACUGGCCACAGAGGUCUGGAACAGAGGUCUGGAACUGAGGUCUGGAACUGAGGUCUGAAACAGAGGUCUGGAACUGGCAAGCAGGCAAGCAAAUAGCAGAGACCUGGGAACAGUCAGGAACAGAGGCCUGGAACUGGCAAGCAAGCAAGCAAGCAAAUAGCAGAGACCUGGGAACAGUCAGCAUCACGGCAAGCAGACUACCUUCGCAAAGAAGCUUACCUAGUUUAGUAAGAAGGGCAGUAUAGAUUCCAGAGUUUACCUAGCAUAGGAAAAAGGACCGCAUAUACCUAUAAAAAGGUAAAUGCUUCAAAGAAGUUUACCUACUUUAGUAGGAAGGCCAAUAUAGAUUCCACAGUUUUUUACUUAGUAUAGUAAGAACGACAGCACGCCUAAAGUAUGGUUAAAUGUAUCACCUAAC